AUUUGCAGCCUCUAGGCAACUUGCACUACAGUGAGAGAGUCAGGGAGUCACAGAGGCAGGCGGCCCUCUCCUUCUUCUUCCUCUUCUUCUUCUUUCCGUGCUUAGAGAGCAUCCAUUGAAGAGCAAACACUAAACAGAGAGAGAUGCAGAGAUUGACAGAAUUAAUAAACUUAAGGUAUUCAUUCAACUCCAGUGCUGGGUUUCUCUCUACACAGAGAGGCUUUUCUGCUUUCCCAGACUACGCCCAAAAUGAUAAUCUCCAGGACCAGGUUUUGGUUGAAGGAAGAGCGAAAUCAAGAGCAGCCAUUCUCAACAGACCAUAUUCUCUCAACGCUCUUACUGGUCCCAUGGUGGCUCGGCUCAAGAGACUGUAUGAAUCAUGGGAAGAAAACCCAGAUAUUGGAUUUGUCUUCAUGAAGGGUAGUGGCAGGGCUUUCUGUUCAGGUGGAGAUAUGAUUUGGCUCAGUGAACUAGUUAAUGCAGGGAGAGUUGAAGAGUGCAAAAGCUUUUUUCAGACAUUAUAUAAGUUUGCCUACCUACAAGGAACAUAUUUGAAGCCACAUGUGGCUAUCUUGGAUGGCAUCACAAUGGGAUGUGGGGCUGGAAUUUCACUUCCAGGAAUGUUUUCUGUUGUAACUGAUAAAACUAUCUUUGCUCAACCUGAGACUCAAAUGGGUUUCCAUCCUGAUGCAGGCGCUUCUUAUUAUCUUUCUCACCUACCUGGUUACAUGGGGGAAUACUUAGCCCUAACAGGAGAUAAGCUUAAUGGUGUGGAAAUGAUUGCUUGUGGCCUCACUACCCACUACUCAUUAAAUGCGAGACUUGCUUUAAUUGAGGAACGCCUUGGUAGAUUAAUCACAGAUGAUCGUACUGUAAUAGAGACUUCUCUUGCGCAGUAUGGUGAUCUUGUCUAUCCAGAUAAGACGAGCGUCCUUCAUAAGAUUGAGACAAUUGAUAAAUGUUUUAGUCAUGAUACAGUAGAGGAAAUUAUUGAUGCACUGGUAAGUAUUGUAUUCUAUGCUAAUGCUUUCUAUUUUUUUUUUCCUCUGAAGUUGGUUCCUUAUUAUAAUCAGUUUAAUUAUCGAUUUUCUCAGGAAAAUGAGGCAUCUAGUUCUUAUGAGAACUGGUGUAAAGAAGCACUCAGAAAAAUGAAAGAAGCCUCCCCGCUAAGCUUAAAAGUUGCCUUGCGAUCCAUACGAGAAGGUAGAUUUCAAUCGCUGGAUCAAUGUUUAGCUCAUGAAUAUCGAGUAUCCCUCACUGGAAUCUCCAAAACAGUCUCUACUGACUUGUUUGAGGGUAUUCGGGCGCGAUUAUUGGAUAAGGAUUUUGCUCCAAAGUGGAACCCUCCAAGUUUAGGUGAAGUAAGUGAAGACAUGGUAGAUUGCCAUUUCUCCCCUCUUGGUGAGCUUGAACCGGAGCUGGAGCUGCCCACAGCAAUACGAGAACCUUAUAUCUGAGUUAGAUCAAUCUAGAGAGGAUAAUAGCAAAUGCUAGGUUCACAAAUGACAAUACUAGUUUUUGCUUCCUGUGAUGCAGGAUGAGUGGUAAUUGACCCAUUGAAACGUUUUCCAGAGAAUUGUUUCCCAGCAUAAUGUGUUGUAAUAGCCAAUUGUGUCGUUGUUUCUUAUUCA